AUCAAUAUCUUCUCCAAGAACACUUCUUCUAAAACAACAGGAAAGAAAAGAACUUCUUGGACUCAGUGGGACACCUAUCGGGGUCACCAAAGAGCUCGGAGAUCACCUUCAGCGGACCGGUGAUGGACGAGGAGCACCUGUCCGCCCAACACUUGUCUGACAGCGGUGGAGUGGUACGUCCUGACGGCCUCCCCGAGAUGAUCAGCAUCAGGAUCGUGGACGACGAUGAUUCUGAGGUAGAGGUAGGUAUACCAGAGGACACUCCCCCAGUGUCCUCUGGUGAUGGAGAGGAAGUCAUCUGGGUCUUGGAUGACGAGGAGGAGGACCAGGUAGAGGUAGGUAUACCAGUGGACAUUUUUUCAGUGUCCUCUGGUGAUGAGGAGGAAGUAAUCUGGAUUUCGGAUGACAUGGAAGCAGAGGAAGAGGUAGGUAGACCAGGGGACAUUUCUCCAGUGUCCUCUGAGGAUGAAGAUGAGCAUGAGGUGAGCGGACAGGAGCAUGAAGAGGAGAACGAAGAGGAGAGGGGACAGGAGCAUGAAGAGGAGAGUGAAGAGGAGACUGAAGAGGAGACUGAAGAGGAGAGCGAGUAUGAGGAGGACUUUUCAGACUCGUUCAGUGAGGAUUCUGGCUGA